AUGUCUUCAACGCUUGGCCUUAGUAUUGGUGCCAUGGAAUUUGGAGUAUUGAUAUCUUCAGUUCUUUAUGGUGUCACGACUGUUCAAGUGUAUAUAUAUCAUAAAAACUCUGCACACGAUUCGCUCCUGAUCCGUGCCUUGGUAGGUCGACAGAGGACAUUGGAAACAGUGCAUACGAUUUUCGCGUGGAUGUAUCUGUAUCGACUCACAGUAACAUUUUAUGGGAAGCCCGACAUGCUCCAAGGCACUCAUUGGACUCUCAACACAUCGGCUAUCUUCGACGGAGUCAUCGGCGCCAUCUCUUACAGCGCAUACAGGAUAUACUUGAUAAGUGGCAGCCUGCUGGUCCCGGUCUUAUCGUGCAUCGGAUCUAUCCUGCGCCUGGCAUGUUCCAUCACUAUCUUCGUAGUGGGCACGUUGGCACCGACCUUUCGUGAAUUUGGUGAGCGUUGGCAGUGGCUCGCGACUGCGACGCUAGUUCUGGCUGUGUGCGUGGACACAUUAAACGCGGUCACCAUGUCGUAUUACUUGUGGCGGGAGAGGGCCGGGUUCGAGCGAACAAAUAUGGUGAUCGACAAACUUAUGUUAUGGACAAUGGGCAUGCCUUUUUCUCUGAUCAAAUACCGAACAACUUCUGACAUCAUUAUCAGAGGCCGGUGCUGUUAUGAGGUGCGAGCUUGUCUCUCCACUCAAAUGUUUUCCUGUCUGAUUGACAUGUGUUCUUGA